AUUUCAGUGACGUCAUUUUUACCGCCGAGUUUGUUGGCUGAAAAAGUCUGAAACCCUCAACAAACUAUUAUAUUCAGCCACAGUUUCUAUUUAUAUUUGCAAUUAUAUUCGGCGGUCGAUGCCAUAUUAGCUAAGCACUAUAUGUUAUUUUCAAGAUAUUGUUGUUUGAAAACAAACGUUACUUCAUUUUACAGCCAACUGAAGCGAUGGAGCUGUUUCCUGUCUGCGCUGAAGGGAUCAGCACAGAGGGGCGCAUGAUUCAAUCAGAGAGAGGUCCCAGGAGAAGCAAAGUCUCAAGUGAUGUGGAAAUAGAAAUCGGCAUCCUCUACAAAGCCAUCCCUGAGCUGGCCAAGAUUUUCCGCAUAACUGACAAGAUUGGAGAAGGUACGUUCAGCUCGGUGUACCUUGGUGAGGCUCAGAUGCUCGAUGGGAGGAGAGAGCUGUUCGCCCUGAAGCACCUCAUCCCAACCAGCCAUCCUGCCCGCAUCGCGGCCGAGCUUCAGUGUCUCACUGUCGCCGGAGGCAGAGAGAAUGUGAUAGGGGUGACGUAUUGCUUCAGGAAGGAAGACCACGUAGUGAUAGUGAUGCCCUAUUUGGAGCAUAAAGCUAUUGUGGACAUUAUUGGCUCUCUGAGCUUUGAAGAAGUCCGUCUGUACAUCUAUCACCUGUUGACGGCCCUGAGACACAUCCACCAGUUUGGUAUCAUUCACAGAGACAUCAAACCGAACAAUUUCCUGUACAACAGGAACAGCAAAAUGUAUGCGCUGGUGGACUUCGGCCUUGCUCAGGGUACAGCGGACACCCACAUUGAAAUGCUGAAGGUAGUGAGGCAGAAGGCAACGCAAAAAGGUGGAGGGUCCACAGGGAACCAAGACCCCACACACCGGAGCAAAGCACCACCAAGACUGAUCCCCAAAACCACCAUCUCAGCCUCUGCUGCCCUGCCUUUGCCCGGGCAUCAGUCCACAAACUUACCACCUUCCUCGUCUUCUUCAUCCACCACUGCAUCCUCCUCAGCCACUCAGAAAGCACUGGUUAAAAAAGCACGGUCGGCCUCAACCACCGUCAGCACCUCUCGCACAAAGCACUCAAAGGAUUUGGUGAGGUUACGCAAAGUGCCCCGUCCUGUGUUUGGAGAGAGGAACUUGAACAGCUGCACUCGAACUCCAUCCACUGCCAAACAAGUCACAUUAAAGACGGAGAUGGUAAAACUCAGCCGAACAGAGGACCCCGCAGACGGCCGUAGGCUGUCUUCGGCCAACCGAGUCCCGCUGCCAGUCAGGACCCAGAGCCUCAGUCAGAGGCCUCAGAGGACCGUGCAGCAGGGCCUCACCUGUAGCUGCUACCUGACUGACCGUGUCUGCAACAUCUGCAUGUCCAGGAAGCAGCAGGUGGCUCCCAGAGCCGGAACGCCGGGCUUCAGAGCACCAGAAGUCCUCACAAAGUGUCCCAACCAAGGAACAGCCAUAGAUGUGUGGUCAGCUGGUGUGAUCCUGCUCUCGCUGCUCAGUGGCCGCUACCCGUUUUUCAAAGCCAGCGAUGACCUGAUCGCCCUCACUCAGAUCAUGAGCAUACGGGGCUCCAGAGAGACCAUCAAAGCUGCCAAGGCCUUUGGUAAAGCAGUGGCGUCCAGCCGGGUGCUGCCGCGGCAGGACCUCAGAACGCUGUGUGAGACGCUGAGAGGACGGAAGACGUCCCCAGACGAUGGAGUCACACCGCUUCGCGAAGCCAACAAAGACCCCGCCGUGCCAAGUCCUCACAGGAUCCAAGAUGAUACGCCCACACACCGCCCCCCCCAAGGAGCCUCAAAGCAACACAAAGAAGAAGCUGGUGAAAGUCCUCCGUCUCUCUGCGCUCCUCCCCCGAACCACGGGGAGCAUUCAGGGGACACUGAGACCGCUGGAAGGACAGACUGCAAGGUGAAGCAAGACGAGCAGGGCUGGGACAGGGUUCCCGAUGAGGCCUACAAACUGCUGGACCGGCUGCUGGACCUCAACCCGGCCACCCGGAUCACAGCCGCUGAGGCCCUGCAGCACCCGCUGUUCAAAGACCUGUGACGUCUUUGGCUCAACUUAAAUUAACUGCCUAAUGCAAAGACAGAGCAGUGUUACACUUAAUAGUUACCAUUCAUUCAAGUACAUGGAGGACGGAUGUGUUGAAGGGCUCUGAUAUGCAUCGUUAGCUGAGACCCGGACUGGCAGAGUAUCGACUUGAGGCAUUAAACUGACAGACUUUUUUGUGUCUGUAAUUGAACAGUUUUGUAUUAGAAGGUAUCUGACCUCCUGUGAAGACACGGUGCACACUGUCUGAUCAUUUUGUUUUUUUAAAUUCUACCCUUUGUACUUUUAUAUCUCAGGGAACAACGGAAGGAAAAAAAGAACACUUAAGGAGUCUUGUUAUAACUGCUGGCUGGUGUGAUGGUCGACUCCGGCCUUCUCGUAUUGUCAGUCUGGAGAGGGUCAACAGGGAAAAGUACAAAUAAUCACUUGUCAACACGUCAAACCUCACAUCAGUGUUGUAUGAAGGGAUUUCCAAAGGUUCGAAAUGCGUUUUAAUUUGAGUAUGAAUGCUACCGUUUGUCUUUUUCCAGAAUGUUUAAUUUAUAAAACGUUGAAUGUAGUCUGCCUCAUUCAAGUUUGGUUGUUUUAAUAAAAUUUUCAGUAUGAAAUAUCUUAACUGUAUUUACUCCUACAUUUGAUGACUUAUUACUGUUAUUAUUACGUAGGUGGAAAAUUUCCUAAAAUGCUUCGUAGAUUGAAUU